AUGUCGACCGACCCCAAGAUCCAGGAGCUUCUUACCAAGCCUCGCAAUGAGCUCACCGAGUACGAGAUCGCCCAGCUCGAGGAGCACGAGUUCAGCGCAGGUCCCCUCUCGAUCCUCCAGACCGCCGUGCGCAGCCACACUCAGGUGCUCAUCUCCAUCCGCAACAACCGCAAGCUUCUUGCGCGCGUCAAGGCCUUUGACAGACACUGCAACAUGGUUCUUGAGAACGUAAAGGAAAUGUGGACUGAGACGCCGCGUCUCGCCAAUGGCAAGAAGGGUCGCCCCGUCAACAAGGACCGCUUCAUCAGCAAAAUGUUCCUCCGCGGUGACAGUGUUAUUCUGGUUCUCCUGAGCUGA